GUCUGUAGUCGCAGCAGCAGCAGCAGCGAGCAGAGGAAGCCAGGGCAAGCGAGCCUCCACCACGAUCAGAGAGCGGCUCAUCGCGUGCAGCCGAGCCGUCAUGAGCCGGUCAGCGGGAGUCGGUGCCGCCGGGGAGGAGGAGGAGGCCGGGUAGGAGGAAGAGGGGGAGAGAGACAGAGAGAGAAAAGGCUUUGUUCUAAUUAAAUGUCUCUCGCUCUCUGUCUGCAUCAUGCUGUACUUCCAGCUGGUGAUCAUGGCCGGGACCGUCAUGCUGGCCUACUACUUCGAGUACACCGACACCUUCAGCGUGCACGUGCAGGGCUUUUUCUGCUACGACACCACGUACACUAAGCCCUACCUGGGACCGGAGGACAGCAGCGCCGUCCCGCCCGUCCUGCUCUACGCCCUGGUGGCCGGGCUGCCCACGCUGCUGAUCACAUUAACAGAGACUGUGCUGUUCCUGGUCCAGUACACGUCCAAAGAGUUCGACCGGUCAGAGAAGACCGUGGCCACCGGGGACUGCUGUUACCUCAACCCGCUGGUGCGCAGGACCUUCCGCUUCCUCGGAGUUUACACCUUUGGCCUCUUCACCGUCGACAUCUUUGUCAAUGCAGGCCAGGUAGUGACAGGGAACCUGGCACCCUAUUUCCUGACGGUCUGUAAGCCCAACUACACGGCACUGGGCUGCCAGCAGGCCCUGCGCUACAUCAGCCACCAGGAGGCCUGCACAGGAAACCAGGACGACAUCCUGCGCGCCCGCAAGACCUUCCCAUCCAAGGAGGCCGCACUCAGUGUCUACGCCGCACUCUACCUGGCUAUGUAUGUGACGUGCACGGUGCAGGCGAAGGGCACUCGUCUGGCCAAGCCGGUGCUGUCUCUCGGGCUCAUGUGUCUGGCCUUUCUCACCGGUCUGAACCGUGUGGCUGAAUACCGCAACCACUGGUCGGACGUCAUCGCUGGCUUCAUCAUAGGCACUGCCAUCGCCACUUUCCUGGUGGUGUGUGUGGUCCAUAACUUCAAAGGCAAGUUACUGCUGAGCGAAGAGUCACCAGCGGAGCAGCGGCCCAACACAGCCAUGCUUAACAUGGGCCGGAUGGAGAGUCCUCUGGAGAAGUACAUCGCCUCACAGAAUCACAUCGCCUUCGCUGAGGUCACAUGACGUGGAGUCGGCCGUGUGGCAGACCCAUUGGACGUCCACGCUCUUCACCGUCCAAUCCAGCUAACAGGAGUGCAGCGCUAAAACCCAUUCUCUGUGUGUGUCUGGUCUGCGGUAUGUUGUUCUAUGUUGUCUUUAUCAGGCCCCUGUUGUCAUUUGCAGCUUCGUGUAUUCAACGAAAAAAAAAAGAAAGAAAGAAGAGUCAGUAACCCGGCGGGACAGGCCGCUUCUGCUUUCUCCAUCUAUGCACUUAUUCUGAAUUCUUGUUUGACUCUCGCCUCCCAAAUGAAGCUUGUUGAGAGGCAAACCUGGAGCGGACUUGUUGCACGCUGUGGGACACUAGAGGCACAAGUGAAGAACUGGAUUGCACCAUCUCAACUCUGCCAAGGUCAAAUAUGUUCUCAUGCUUUGGUUUUGUUGUGUGCAAAAAGAGAAAGAUGAAAACCCUCUUUUGUCCUGUUGCUGACGUUUUGAUUUUGCUGUCAUCACCUUUAUACCGUUCAAAAGACUGUUGUGAAUAUCAGAUUAUGACAGUGACAGCUGGGCCCAUAUUUAUCAAACUCAUUAAUGAGAAAUUCUGGAUUUAAAUGAAAGAUAAAAAAUAGUUCACUCACACACAUAAGAAUAAAAGCCAUUGAUAUAAUUUAUUUUGACUUAAAACAGUCUUGAAUUUAAGAGAGCUCCCGAGGGAAGAGUAGCAUCAUAGCAUCCCAGAUGGAUGUGAUGUAGAGAUGAAGGAAAGCAGUGGUAUAAUUCAGAAUUAUGUGGUCUGUCUGUCACUGCUGCUUUCUUGUAAAGUGUUUUUGACAGGAUGUUACACCACUUUUUCUGUUCCUCAGGAGUGCAGGUGACAUGGAUAAGGUUAGGCCAGUAUUUAUGACAGCGACAUUUUGGCUUGCAUCUUGCUUAUAUCAGUGGAGGCAAAAUAAAUGUGAGCCGGGAUUCUCUGCAACUCAGUUGCCAGAAAAAAUGUUGGCAUUGUGCAUUGCUGCAAACCUCAGAUAUGUUUGUGUUGUAUUGUAUAACAUACAUUUGUACGUUGUUAUGUAGCGAAUACAUUAAAACCUUAGUUUUCUUUACAUUUCAACAGUGUUUUGGUUAAUGUUUGAUUAGGUUUGACACAAAAAAGACUUAGUUAUGGUUAGAAAAAUUCAUGUUUUGCCUUAAAAUACCGGGUUGUGGCAGCUAAAAAGCUGCUGGAAAAUGCACCAAUGUCUCUGUGGGAAAAAAAAAAAACGUUUUUCAGUCAGGAACUCUUUAGUCGAAGAAAGCUUUAUUUCCAUUUGCAGUAUUUAAUUUGGUGGUAUUGCUCUGUUCUGGGACCACUCUGCCUUUCCUCGGGCCUACGCAGAAAGCCUAAGGUGGAGAGAGCACCCCUCUCUGCCCAUCCACGUGCCUACUGUACGUCGAAAGCCUUAAGGCAGAGAGAACAAACCUCCCUGCCCUUCCAUGUGUCUACAUGGAAAGCCUAAGGCAGGGAGAGCAGCAGCAAAGACCCCCAGGAACAGAACAGAGCAGCAUCAAUGACAAACAGAGAUGACAUUGAUAAGUCAGACACAGCAUGAAAAGGAGGAGCUGGGGUGGAGACAGGUUGCAGAGCAGCUUGCAGAGGAAGCAGCAACAGUAGGCAGGACAGAGCAGCUUAAAUAGGGUGCCGUGAAUGGGAUUUGCCAACUGGUUGCAGAGAAAGGAAUCAUGUGAUCUAUCAGCUGACUCCCUUCAUCAAUCAGCUGGAGAUCAGCUGAUGUAGCUGGGAUGUGAGCUGAGCUUGACAUUGUGUCCUGCCUGAACUAACGCUGUGCUCAAUUUUUGUGAGCCUGUCCCGGCAGGAAAUGCAGCGAUGUCUCUGUAAAAAACAUUUACUUUUACUGGCUAAAAAAAUGUGGGUGCUGCAGCAAGACUCACCUGAAAACAACUGGGUUUGUUUGUCGGUCUCGAGCGGUGGUCUGCAGCCUGACUGAUGCGUCACCUAGGUGCUACGCCAUCCGCCAUCCCCUUCAACACCGAUAACAAAGUCAGAUCAAAUGCUGAUAUGAUACAUAUGAAAUGUACAGAUGUACAAUGCCAACAUUUUCUUCUGGUGACUGGGCUGUUCUCUCCCUCACCAUCAGUCAGUUUGCAGUCAGUCAUGAGACAGGAAUCUACAGCUCCAGUUUGUCUCUUGAAGCAACCUUUUGUCUGGUUAGUGACUGAGCUAGUGGGCUUGCUAACUGGCAGUUAGCUUGCUAGCUAGUUGUGAGCAGUUAUCAGUUAGCUUGCCAGACAAGCAGUUUACCAACUAGACCCAGGUGGUUCCUCCAAGCCUCCUGCACCCCUUAUUUAAAAGGGCCUGCAACUGAACUUUGCUGCGCUGCCUCUUGUAUUCCGCAGGCUCGAAGGCUGGAAUUGAUUUGUUUUCUGUCUCUUUCCAUAAACCUGUUAUUCUUCAUUCAUCACUUUUUCUAGAUUCGUCUUGUCAUGUUUUCUCAGAUGUACAAGUCGUACCAGCAGCAGAAUUUCCUCCAUGGCUCCAGUUUGGCUUCUUUUGUUUCCAUUAAACAAUUUCCUCUAAAUUCAACGAUGCUUGUUAUUAAGGCUGUAACAUGUUUCUCCCACCUACUCCC